UCCGUUUCGCGUGAGUUUGUGUUGUUCGAACGUCGUUCGCUACAGUGUAGCAGUUUUUCUUCAUGCGCGCUCGCGUCUCACCGUAGUUCGUGUGAUUUUUUUUUCUAAAAAUUUGUUUUUGUGAUCUCGAGAGCUAGUGUCCGUUAUGGAAACAAUCUUCAACGACUCCGUUCAUUAAGUGUUCGACUUUAUAUCGGUACGGGUUUUUUCGUUUCUCAGUACGAAACGUCGAUCAUAUUAACCAUGGAAGAUGAAUUGCACUGUAUUGCGUGCAAGCAGCUAUUCAACAACCCCGUGCUUUUACCGUGUUACCAUGCUAUAUGCUUGAAUUGUGCGGUGCAUGCUCAGCGUCCUCUAGAGCCGUCCGCGUCCCAGGAGAACAGUGGUAAUUCGACGACCAGCAGUAGCAGUACCACGGAGUCGCACUCGUCGUCCUCUGACUACCACCACUCGGAGUCCGACAAGCUUUCCAUACUCAGCGAGACUGAUAGCGGCGUCGUAUGCAACAGUCGGCCCAAUAGCUAUGUGGGAACUCCGAACAUCAAUGGCAUUGUAUUCCCGCCAGUUAGUGCCGGCUCUUACUCUCUGUCAUGUCCAGCCUGCAAGAAGACCGUCUACUUUGAUGAUAACGGUGCCCAUAAUUUGCCAAAGUACAGGACUAUGCGAAAUAUUGUUGAUCGCUAUGGUGAGCUCAGGCAUAUUGUUCCCAAAUGUCAGUUGUGUGAAAGAGAACCAGCUGCCGAUGCCACAGUGUUGUGUGAACAGUGUGAGGUUCUGUACUGUGAUUCAUGCCGUGAGAAUUGUCAUCCAUCCAGGGGUCCCUUGGCAAAACACAAUCUUUUGGAACCCUUGGCUGGUAAAUUAGCCCUCAGGAACAAGAUCAGGAACAGAGAUAUAAUCUGCAGUGAUCAUGAAGAGGAAUGCUUAUCAAUGUAUUGUAUGGUCUGCAAAACACCAGUUUGUGCUGUGUGUAUGCAUGAAUCUAGACAUUCAAGUCACGAUGUCCAAGCCAUUAAUACCAUGUGCAAAGCUCAGAAGACGGAGCUCUCACAAAAUCUUCAACAGCUGUCCGAAAAAGCUCGUACGACCACGGAGUUCAUUCAGAGGCUAAAGCAAAUGUCUGAAAAACUUAAUGGUGAAUGUGAAGAAUUAGAAAGGCAAGUGGACGCCAGGUGCGACGCACUGAUCAGGUCGAUCGAGAGGCGGAGGCAGUGGCUAAUCGACACAGUGCGGCAGGACAAGGAGACGAAACAACGAUCGUUAAAGGAGCACGUGGCGAGCUGUACGUGCAAGCUACAGAAGACCACGUCCCUGUUGCAGUUCUGCAUAGAAGCUCUCAAGGAAAAUGAUCCCGUUUCGUUUUUACAAGUCGGGUCAAUGUUAAUAGCCAGAGUUUCCAAUACAGACCUGACCUGGCAUAAGGACGUGUUACCGUCUCCUCGAUCGUAUCACCAGCUGGAUUUGACCCUGGACGAUAAUACUGUGUUGAAAGCGAUCGAACAUAUGAACUUUAUACAAAUGAAAACUCCGAGUGCUGCUUUGAUCAUCACCGAAGAGUGUAGUGCCGAAAACAAUAGUGUCACAAUCGCAUGGCAACCGCCGGCUUCUUCGUACAUCGAAGGUUACGUGUUGGAACUGGACGACGGAAACGGCGGAGAUUUCAGGGAGGUGUAUUGCGGUAUAGAGACCAUUUGCACUGUUGAUGGAUUGCACUUCAAUUGCACAUACAACGCCCGAGUAAAAGCGUUCAAUAGUGCUGGUGAAGGAGAGUACAGCGAAAUUAUCGGGUUGCAAACUUCCGAAGUUGCAUGGUUUGCUUUUGACCCAUGCCUUAGCUCACCGGAACUUUGCUUCACGCCUGAUAACCUGACGGUGACUUGCGAGGGAUUCGAACACCGCGUGGCUCUGGGCAGCGUAGGAUUCUCUAGGGGCGUGCAUUACUGGGAAUUCACGGUGGACCGGUUUGACGCGGACACCGAUCCCAGUUUCGGAGUGGCUAGGCUGGACGUAUCCAAAGAAGAAAUGCUUGGCAAAGACGAAUUCGGUUGGAGCAUGUAUAUCGACAAGCAGAGGUCCUGGUUUAUGCACUGCCGCAAUCACGAGCAGCGGUGCGAAGGCGGCAUCCAGGUGGGCUCCACGGUCGGCGUGCUUUUGGACCUGAAUAAACACCAACUGUCGUUUUUCGUCAAUGACGAACCACAAGGUCCGGUGGCUUUCAACGGUCUGUAUGGUGUCUUUUACCCUGCAGUUAGCGUGAACCGAGGCGUCGCAGUAACGUUACACACAGCUCUUGAUGCUCCUAGUGAUGUGGACGACUGUUAAAACAUUUGCGUUUUUAUUUUUCUAUUUUGGCGCACAAAUUACAAAUAUAAAAAAAAUGAACAUGAUUUUCACAUUCUC